AUGACGAUACACAGCACUAGCACAGAUAAUACGGAUAUUCCAAUACCAAUACCAAUACCAAUACCAACAUCAUCAUCAACUUCUACUUCCAACAAUGGAAAUGGCAACAAUAACAAGCAGCUACAGAACAAGAAAUCCAACAAAGCAGAAACACUCUGGCUUUACGAUUCCAAGACUCAAGCUCUACUAAAACAAGCUCAUGAGCAAGCGGUCCAAAAACAACAACAGGAGGAUGCCAGUGCCAAUCGUCUCUAUCCAGUCGUCAGAACCUAUGAUGAGGAUUAUGAUCAACUUUCAUUGCCAUCAGAAGAUGAAGAUGAAAAUGAAAACGAGGAAGGAGAUCAUUCUUCCUCUUCUUCAAACCAGUCUUCGUCUUCGGAAGAGGAAGAAAAAGAAGAAACACAAGACAAGGAAUCGACUGCGACAAAAGGAAAGCAGACGAAACCACAAAAACUUCCAAAGGCAACCAAGAAAAAGGAAAUGACACCCAAACAAACCAUACGAUUGCAACAAGAAAUUCGUCAACAUUACUCGAAUUUAAUCAAGACAGCUGUCCCAAUUGCCAUACAACAAGACGAUAAUGCUGCUGAAUCAUCACCACCACUAGCAAACAACACCGACUCCCCCUCCAAUGCUUUUACACACAAUCUUCAAUUGUCAUCGGCCCUCUUGACCAAAUCGGAGCAACAAUAUGGAACACCUGUUUCCAAAGCCAAGGCCUUUUGCGAUUUGUCUACCCAACUCUCCUCCAAUAGUGAUACUGGAUACGUGGUGGUCUUGUUGUUGCAAAGUGGCAAGUUUGCCGGUGGUGUCUUUUUGAAUGGCAGGUGCAUAGAACACAAGACGAUGCAAAAGUACACCGUCCGCAAGGGACAGGGCAAGGCACAAUCAGCGCAAGAUGGCAAACGAAAGCCCAAAUCAAUGGGGUCCCAAUUGAGACGUCAGGGCGAAUUGCAGCUCAAGGAAGAUAUUCAAACCUUAUUGUGGAAGGAUUGGAAGACAUUUCUACAAAAGGCUUCUCUGCUUCUAAUUUCGUGUCCCAAGACCAUGGUGUCGACUCUGUUGGAUACUCCCACGGGGCCGCAGUGGUCGAGUCUUCACAACCACAAACAACAGCCAAUACUAUCGCGCAAGGAUGGACGGAUUCGCAAGAUUCCCAUCAAUGUGGGGCGUCCCACCUAUGAAACAGUAUAUAUGGUCCAUCAAGUGUUACUGCAAGUCUCCUUGGAACCAAUCACAAUAAUGGAUGGUGGUGGUGAUAAUGGUAGAGAAACGGCAGCAGUUGUGGAGACUGAUACUACCACUGCGGACCACCAAAAGAACAAGGAUGAUUCAUCCAAAGAACCAAAGCCAAACGAAGAAGAAAUCGACGAAACCAUUCCACUUCUUCAUUUGCAUCAUCUCUGUAAGGCGGGCAAUCACGGCGAACUCGCGGAUUGGUUGCAAACCACCAAUGGUAAUGAUGAUGAUUCAAGAGCCGCCAGAAAGAGUAUCAAUCAACAAGCCGGUGUGGAUUUCAUGACUCCCUUGCAUUAUGCGGCAGCCUCUUGUGUUCCUCCACCUUCUGCUUCUCCUUCUGAAAAGAAUAACGAUUCUGUUGAUACACCAAGCUCGCCCGAACAAGCGGCACUGUGUGUCUACGAUUUGUUGGUCCAGGGCAAGGCGGUCCCUACCAUUUUGGACACUCGACUGCGGCCAGCUUACUUUUUGGCGGGACACGACAAGGUCCGAGAGGCCUUUCGCAAGGCUCGGGCCGCAUUGGGGGAAGACUAUUGCGAUUGGAAGGCAGCUCAAGUAGGACCACCCUUGUCCGAAGAAGUUGUGGAACAGAAAAAGGCCAAGGAAGCCGAAAAACGAAGGCGCAAAAAGGCCAAGGCAAAAGAAAAGAAAGCCAUGGAACGACAAGCUCAAGAAGAAGCUGCCAAGGAAAAGGCCAAACAAGAAGAAGAAGAAAGGGUCACGGGUGAUGCUAGUGGUGGGCGAGCCUGUGACUGUUGUAGAAAAGCGAUUCGGGGACGCAAGAAUGUAUUCAAACGAUUGGAGUAUGAAUACUGCAGUACCAAGUGCGUCAAUGAUCACAAGCGAGAAUUGAUGGCGUCGGCCGCAUUGGCACGAUUUGGAGGCUAA